CAAGAUGACUUCACGUUCUGUCAUGGCUGCGCGAGACGUAAACAUGCCAACGGUUCUGUAAUUUUCAGCAUAAGACUUCUGCGAUGAUUAAAAGAACGACAAUAACUCAUAUUUUAGACUUGUGUCUCACUUUAUGAAACGGCUGGUCGGUGUUUUGUGCGGCAGGUAAAGUGUUAGCUGAAGGAUCUGAUCAUGCAGACCGAAGCCGUAGUGGAGCAUCAUAGCGGCUCACAGAGUUCCUGCAGGACGGGCUCCAAAUCCUGGCAGUACAGUGAUCUGAUGGAAAAAGUGGACGGAUAUUUGAUGAAGUACACCAAUCUUGUGACUGGAUGGCAGUAUCGAUAUUUUGUCCUCAACAAUGAGGCAGGGCUGUUGGAAUACUUUGUGAACGAGCAGUCCAGGAAUCAGAAGCCGCGGGGCUCACUUCCGCUAGCCGGUGCUGUGAUUUCCCCCAGCGACGAAGAUUCGCACACCUUUACCGUUAAUGCCAUCAGCGGAGAGCAGUACAAACUCAGAGCUUCGGAUGCAAAGGAGAGACAGCAUUGGGUCAGCCGGCUGCAGAUCUGUGCCCAGCACCAUACAGAGGCGAUGGGAAAGACAAACCCACCUCUGCAGACUCGUAGUCAAUCCCUGUUGUCUCAGGGCAGCGGGAGUUCUCCGGGAUCUCAGCACAGGAUCAACCAGAACGCAAACUCUCUGUUGGGUGUGUCCCAGCUGCAACACUCGUCUCUGUACUCCAGCAGAAAGUCCCUUCUGCCUGAUCACCUACUGGAGGCCAGAGAGAUGAUGAGUAAGGCCCAGGUCCAGCACAGAGAUCUGAUUCAGAGCAUUGAGGGCCUGCCAUCCUCUCAAGGUCCUUCUCCCUUGGACCAAGACCUGUUGCUGCUGAAAGCCACAUCUUUGGCCACCAUGAACUGCCUCAGCGACUGCCUGCAUAUGCUGCAGCUUCAGCAGAUGGCUCGCCAGAAAAUUGUUCUUGGUGGCCCCGCCAUCGAGUGGCUGGAGCCGAAGAUUCCCGACAUCCUAAAAAAUGGAGGUACCCUACCCAGCAUCACCACAGAGGAUGGAAAAACAGAAGGAACGCUUCUGGACCAUUUAGAAAUGGAUUCUUGUGAUAUCACUGGGGAGCAGGAGGAGAUUGAUUUCUCACAGGAAGUGGAUGACUCCUCAUCGUCUGAAGAGGAAGAUCUGGGUGCUGUUGAAGAGGAGCGCAGUGUCAUUCUGCACCUCCUCUCUCAGCUUAAACUAGGAAUGGACCUCACCAGGGUGGUACUCCCUACCUUCAUCCUAGAAAAGCGUUCCCUUCUUGAGAUGUAUGCAGACUUCAUGUCCCAUCCGGAUCUUUUCGUGGCCAUCACCGAUGGUCCCACCCCGAUGGACCGCAUGGUCUGUUUUGUGGAAUAUUAUCUCACUUCCUUCCACGAGGGUCGCAAAGGUGCCAUAGCCAAGAAGCCCUACAACCCCAUCAUCGGAGAAACUUUCCACUGUUCUUGGAGAGUACCCAAAGCGACAACAUCUCCGACAGGGGUCCCGCAAGAGGGGACGUCGUGCACUUCAGAAUGCUACAAUGUCCACUUUGUGGCUGAGCAGGUUUCUCACCAUCCACCCGUGUCGGGAUUCUAUGCAGAAUGCCAGGAAAGGCAGAUGUGCGUCAACACGCACGUGUGGACCAAGAGCAAGUUCAUGGGCAUGUCCAUUGGUGUCUCCAUGAUCGGAGAAGGUAACCUGCACCUGUUAGAGCACGGGGAAGAGUACACCUUCAGUCUGCCCUCUGCCUAUGCCCGCUCCAUCCUCACAGUGCCCUGGGUGGAACUGGGAGGAAAAGUCAACGUCAACUGCGCCAAGACGGGCUACUCUGCUGUCAUCACCUUCCAGACCAAGCCCUUUUAUGGGGGUAAGCUGCACAGGGUGAACGCGGAGGUCAAACACAACCCCACCAACACAGUGGUGUGUCGUGUGCAGGGGGAGUGGAACGGCACGCUGGAGUUUGCCUACACAAAUGGUGAGACACGUGUCAUAGACGUUACCAAACUCCCUGUCACCAGAAAAAGAGUACGGCCCAAUGAGCUUCAAGGACCCUAUGAGUCCAGGCGACUAUGGCAACAUGUGACAGAGUCACUAAAAGAGAGAGACAUGGAUAAAGCCACAGAACACAAACGCUUCCUGGAGGAAAGACAAAGAAAAGAGGAAAGACAUCGUGCAGAGACACAGACACCAUGGAGGACCAAAUGUUUCGAAAGCAAAGGUGACGGCUGGGUGUAUUACCAAUCGCUGUGGAAAACAGCAGCCCAUAGCUCUUCCUCAGUCCCCCCACAGCCCAACCCAUUGCCUCUGACCUCCUAAAGUUAAGCCCGGGCACUUCACAGCCUUCUGCUGGACCAAACCUUUGGUCCAUCUUCCCUCUCUCACGGAAAAAAACAUAAGCUCUCCUUUGUAUGAUCCCUAAAGUGUAAUUUCACUUCGAGUGUUCGUGACACGCUAUGUGGACUACGGGUUUGCACCCUGAUGUCCAUAUUUUGCAUCCCUCGACAGUAAAUUUUGUAGACCCUACACAGUGAAUGAUUUAUCCAAUUCGCACACAGAUAUAUUUCGUUGAUGUUGCCUUAACGAGUUUCGUACGAGGGCCGAGUAAAGUGUGACGGUUCUUUACGUGAGAUUGUGUUUGAGGUUUGUUCACGAACAAUUUAAUCGAACCAUACCGUGGUAUACUGUAUUUGACCACAGUACGGUCCAGGUUUUCGGUUUCUUUUAAAAUCUUACGUGAAUUGAUUUAUACAAUAUCGAAUGAAACGCAGGUGGGCGGAGCUCUUUCAGAAAGGUGGAGUUUGAAAGGACGGGCUGACAAUGUUGUUGGACAAGUCGUUGGCUUUUGUAUUAUGCUGUUCUAUUCUUUGUUUACUCUGGUGAAAGACGCUUGCAGGCGCUGUAUACUUCUCUGUUGAUAUCUGGGCUAACGUCAAUAUGAUUCACGUCUCAGGUAGAGGCCUGCUUGCUCUGUUUCUGUUUCAUUAACCGUGAACAAUUGUAUCGUCGGCUUCAGUUACUGACAAAAUGUUUUUAUGCUUUUCAAACAAAGGAAAAAGACCAGCCUUAUGAUCUGUAUAUGCAUAGCAAUGUCUUUAUGUGUAUACUGUACAUGUAAACUGAUCUGAAAGUAUUAGUAGAAAUUGGAUUUGUCAAACAUUAAACCAAACUACGACAAAACAGCAGUUUGAUUCUACCUCGACUGAAAAGUUAAUUUUUCAAGAGACAGUUCACCCCCAAAAAUAAAUUGUCACUCACCUGUACCGAACCCUGAAUUGUUGUCUUUCUUCUGUGAAAAAACAAACAUCUGUUUUCUAUACACUCAAAGAGGUUGGUGACAUUCUGAAUGUCUCUUUGAUUUGUUUCAAUAUAGAAAACAAUACAGGAAAUGACUUAAGGGUGAAUAAAUGAUGACAAAAUUUUUGGAUGAACUGUCCGUUUAAAGGUAAGCAGAUCUUUUGAAAGAACAUUCGUAAGCGUUCAGGUUUUAGUUAGCUGGUCCAGUCCAUUUGAUAAAGAUGAUAGUAACUCACAUUUUUUGUUUGUUUUAUUUGCCCCCAUCAUGUACCCACAUUCAUUUUUUGUAUUCAGUCCCAUUGGUCGUGCUGAGAAACUUGUGGUGCCUUAUUUGUGUUUGUCUUCCUCAAGUUCUGUCAGCUUUCUCUGUAAAUCAGAGUAAGAGUGAAGCCACAGCACUUGUGCACAUCCUCUUUUCUUUCACUGUCAGCAAAAUUCAGAAGUCCCAUCUGCUGUGCUGAGUUGUUUCACUGAGCCAUCAGCUGCACUGAUGUUUUAAAUACACUCCCUGUAGCCUCAGAUUGAGAAAUAUGAUUGAAAAUAAUAAAAUUGUUAAUAUAUUGGAUUUCA